CUUGUCUCUGCUUUCUGCAGCCAGCGUGGAGGAAGCUGCUCUUUCCUUCCUGGAAAAAUAAAACCACGGUGACCACAAGGCUCUGAUCUGCCAGGCGAUUCCCAGGGUCCGGAGGAAGUCAGUGGGCCUGUUCUCCGCUGGGUCCUGCCGCCCCCCAGUCCACCUCUCUCCUGCCCAUCCCACCUCCGAGGCGCCUGCACCCGCUUCCAGAGGCAGGGGAGCAGUCCAGGGCCUUGGGGAGAGGCUCGCCCGGGUCUGCUCCGCGGUCCCAAGGCCCCAGGACUUCGCUCCUGCAGUGCCCACCCGUCCCGAAACGCUGUCCCUCACUUCCGCGCCCCGGGCCGGUGGCCGUGCCGUGGUACCCGCCAUCCGGCCGGUCUACUCCCGGCUGCCCAGCCGAGGGGCGCCGACACGGCGCUGGGGGCGGGAGCGUCCCGGACGACAGCUGGGGGGGCGGCCCUGACCUUCUGGCGAUCGAUGGGGCGCGGCCGGGCCGCUCGGAGCCGGGGCGGUGCUGGGCGCCCCCCAGCCGCCCGCCCUCCCGCUCCCCGGCCGCUAUAAAGGGGCAGCGCGGGCUGCGCCGCGGUGCGAGCGCCCAGCACCGCCCGCCGCGCCAUGGCUCCCCGGCCGCUGCCGCUGCUGCUGCUGCUGCUGGCCGGCUCCGCCGCGCGCCCCGCGGCCCCCAGGGCCCCGCGACACUCGGACGGGACCUUCACCAGCGAGCUCGGCCGCCUGCGAGACAGCGCGCGGUUGCAGCGGCUGCUGCAGGGCCUGGUGGGGAAGCGCAGCGAGCAGGACACCGAGAACAGCACCGCCUGGUUUAAGCCCACAGAGGGCCAGCUGUGCCUGCUGUGGACAGACCAGCCAGCCCUGCAGGCCUGGACACCCCGGAGAGGCCCUCGUCUGCAGGCCUGGUCUCCCUGGCUGCCUGCUGCCUCCAGGCCUGGGGUCAUGGUUCCAGAGGCGGCUGAAACCACCCUGCGGCUCCGAUGAGGAUGGACGAGGACCACGGAGGACCUGGGGCUGGGAGGGGUUGUACUU